GUUCUCUCUUUGGACACAAAAAUCCAGAUAUCCCAAAACAUCAGUGGACCUAAACUCAUCCAACAAAACCCCUUCCUCUCUUCGUCUCAACUGGGCCGCCUCUUUAUUUUUUGGCUCAAAUCUUGCGGUACCCUCUCUUUUCCUUCUGAGAAUUAAUGGCGGCCGCUUUUUCAGUUACAGGGGCCAUCUUCUCUGCUCACCCCACCACCCCUUUUCUCCAAAAGAGGCACACACAGGGCCAAGUUCACCUUCUUCCAUGGCCACUCCGCAAAACCAUGAGCUUUUCUCUUAUCCCCACCUUUUCGGUUGCUCGCAGUCGUGGCAUUUGCCUAAACGUGAGGGCUGCUUCAGCUGCUACUGUGGAGUGUGAUGUUAGAGAAAAAGAGGGUUUGGACAUUGCUAAGCUUGGUAUCUCGGAAGAGAUUGUCUCCUCGUUGUCUCGAAGGGGAAUUACAGAGCUCUUUCCUAUACAGAGAGCGGUGCUGGUGCCGGCAAUGGAUGGUCGUGAUAUGAUUGGGCGGGCUAUAACGGGAUCUGGAAAGACUCUGGCCUUUGGAAUUCCUAUAUUGGACAAAAUUAUUCGACAUAAUACUCAUCGCAGGCAAAAAAGAGUUCCCUCUGCUCUGGUAUUGGCCCCUACUCGGGAGCUAGCACGGCAGGUUCAGAAAGAGUUCAAGGAAUCUGCCCCAAAUUUGAUCAGCGCUUGUCUUUAUGGGGGUAUUCCAAUUAUGAACCAAGUUCGGGUUCUUAGCUUUGGUACUGAUAUUGUUGUUGGCACGCCCGGUCGUAUUAUAGAUCUGAUUGAACGGGGUGCCUUAGACUUAUCGGAAGUCAAGUUUGUUGUGUUAGAUGAAGCUGAUGAGAUGCUUGCUGUUGGUUUCCAAGAGGCUGUUGAGUGCAUCAUGAAUUAUUUGCCUUCGAAGAAGCAAUGCAUGCUGUUUUCUGCCACUAUGCCUUCAUGGGUUAAUGAACUCGCAAAGAAGUACUUGCGGGAUCCAUUAGUCAUCGACCUUGUGGGUGAUUCUGAGCAAAAGUUGGCUGAAGGUAUCUCUCUUUAUUCGGUUGCUUCAACUACUUACAGGAAGCAGAGUGUUCUCCAGUCUUUGAUCACUAAAUUUGCACAGGGAGGGAAGUCCAUAGUUUUUACGAGGACCAAGAAAGAUGCUGAAGUUCUUUCGAGAACCAUGGGUUCUACUCUAGGAAGCAGGGCUUUGCAUGGGAACAUGCAGCAGUUUCAAAGGGACAGAACCCUAGCUGCUUUUCGAGAUGGCCACUUUAAUGUGCUGGUAGCUACAGAUGUUGCUGCUCGUGGGCUUGACAUUCCAAAUGUCGAUCUGGUAAUUCAUUUUGAGAUACCAAAUACAUCAGAGAUUUUUGUCCAUAGAUCUGGGCGAACUGGACGUGCUGGAAAGAAAGGCACUGCAGUGCUUAUUUAUACUGAAGAUCAACGCCGCACAGUCAGGCUAAUUGAACGUGAUGUUGGCUGCAAGUUUGAAGAGUUGCCAAAAAUCAAAGAUGUUGGGAGUAUACCUGAUAACUUUGAAGAGAGCCCACGUGGAGGGUUUGUUGAUAGGGUAAGAAGCCGCUUUGAUCGUCCUUCCAAUUCUGGUGUAACUCAUUUUGACAGUUAUAGAAGCUCGCAAGGAAGUCGUUACGAUACUGCCGAUGAAACCAGAGGCCGUGGUUCUAGAGACUUUGACAGCUCAAGAAGGGGCCAAUUUGGAGGAUACGAAAGCUAUGAAAGGACCCCAUUUUCAAGUAAUAGAGGGAGAUCACAUUGUCAGCCUGCGAAUCAAAGAACCCAAUUUGGUGGCUCCUCUAAUUUUGGGAGCAAACGUUUUACUGAGAGAGGAAAGCAUUAUAGUGAGAGAGAAGGUGCAUCUGGAUCGGGAUGGGCCUCAAGAUCUUUUGCGCAAGCGAAUGAGAGAGAAACAUCCUUAUCUGAUAUGGCUUUUAAUGAUGCCUUUGGCCAUCGAAGGCAGCAGAGAAGACCCACAUUUGGGAAUGACAGAUCAGAUGAUAUAGAGAUGUUUGAUGUAUUUGGGGAUCGUUCCAAAUCAAAAAGAAGGCAAGGGCUCCGGGGCAAAAGCUCAAUUGAUUCUGACUUGGAAGACUGGUAGCUAAGAAAUUUCAGUUUUUUUGUUGAUACAAUUACUUGAAGUGGGAAAAGUUGGGCGACUCUAUUUGGUGAUUACGGUGAAAUUGGUCGAUGAGAGCCAUGUCAUGCCACAUAAGUUGGAUCGUGGUUGGUGACAAAUUCUCUCCAGUACCAGUCAUGUAAACACUCCCAUAUUGGUAACUGAGGAAACAUGUGAGUUCUAUGAUCUAUCUCAGGAGCACUGGGCUUCAACAAAAUUACAUAGCUUGUAACUUGGUUUAUAUAUUGAGGUCUUACUAUUAUGCAGUCAAUAUAUUCAGCUUUUGGUGUGAUUUGCAACC